AGCUGAUUUCUUUUUCUUUUUCUUUUUCUUUUUCUUUUCUUUUCUUUUCUUUUCUUUUCUUUUUUUUUUUUUUUUUCCACUUAAAUUCACUCCGCCCUUGUUGCUAUCACUCCGCACCUGAAUAUUCGUAGCAUUCCCUCCUGAGCUUGUGAUUCAACCAUUAAUAUCCUCGAUGCCUUGACCAACGGAACAUCUAGCUGCUUCUUUUCUUUUCCUUUCUUUUCUUUCCCUACGCCAAUUGUUCCUUUUCUGCACGACGAGAGACAUUCCAAAGACGCCUAAUUGAAAAUUACAAUAAAAAUCCGAAAAUAUAAUACGAGAAAAAAAAGAGAUAUUUGCAGUGGAAAGACUGCCGACAUGCUCCCAAAGAUCCCCUUGGUCCUCCAGCAGGGCCACCAACAGAGCCGCUCAAGGUCCUCCAAGAAUAAUAGUGUUUCGUCCUUCGAUGAGUCGAGCGGCGCAUCUUCGCCCAGUGCAGAGGAUGAGACGGUGGUAGAACCCGAGCAGGGGAAUGUCCUCACUCAUAUUAUUUCGCAAUUGCGGCCGGGUGCGGACCUGGGCAGAGUUACGCUUCCCACAUUCAUACUGGAACCCCGAUCAAUGCUGGAACGGAUCACAAACUUCAUGGCCCACCCCGAAACGCUCCUUCCAAUGCCGGCAAUUGACGACCCUGUCCAACGAUUCGUGUCCGUGGUUAAGUUCUACCUCAGUGGAUGGCAUAUAAGACCUUUGGGUGUUAAAAAGCCAUUGAAUCCGAUCCUGGGUGAAACUUUUACAUGUUAUUGGGAUUACGAGGAUGGCACCCGCAGCUACUACAUUUCCGAACAAACUUCCCACCAUCCUCCCAAGUCGAGCUACUUUUUCAUGGCCCCCGAACAUCAUAUACGAAUCGACGGGACGCUGAAACCGCGCAGUAAAUUUCUGGGAAAUUCAGCUGCAAGCAUGAUGGAAGGAAUAGCAAUACUGUCCUUCCUGAAUAGGGGCGAACCUGGAAAGGGUGAAAGAUAUAUCGUGACUCAACCGAAUAUGUAUGCUCGAGGUAUCCUGUGGGGAAAGAUGAAGUAUGAACUCGGAGAUCAUAGCUACGUAAGAUGUCCCGAGAACAAUUUGUCGGCGGAUAUAGAGUUCAGAACCAAAGGUUAUUUUUCUGGAACCUACAAUGCCAUCGGGGGUGCCAUAAAAGAUGACAAAACAGGAGAGAUACUCUAUGAGCUAUCAGGGCUUUGGAACGGUGAGAUGUUCAUAAAAAAUGUUGCUACUGGACAAAAGGAGCUUCUUUUCAAUGCGACAAAUGCAAAGCACACGCCUCCUCUCGUCAGACCAAUAGAAGAGCAGGAGCCUCGUGAAUCGCAGAGACUUUGGAGUAGUACAGUCCAAGCGCUAAUUGCUCGGAACCAUGAUCUUGCCACGGAAGAGAAAACCAAAGUUGAAGAUAGGCAGCGGCUUGAGGCAUCAAAGAGGGUGGAAGAUGGAGUCGAAUGGCGGCCCAAACUUUUCCGUGUAGUUCAAGGCGGGCCGGGGAGACCUGAGGAAGGUGAAGAGGAUCUUGAGUGGAUUCUGAAUGCGAAAAUAGACGCAAACAAUCCGGCGGUCGCCGUGAAACAAAUCCUUUGUGUUGCAGCAAUUCUCCCGGGCCAAAAGCCUUCCUGUCAAUUCGAGAUACCACCCCAUCCCUCAUCACGAUCAAAUAACGUAGAAGCUGGCGCCUCUUCUGAUCAACUGGCAACCACCGCCACCACGAAAGCUCCAAUCGCCCAACAACAUAAUAAUAAUGACAAUCUCAUAGACUUUACCGAGGGUAGCAACGACGGGCACCUUAAUGAGAACAAGAUGCUAAAGCCAGGAAACUCAGCCGGCGCCAUGGAUAUCUUGGGUGGGGAUGGCCAAGGAGAUGCCCCCGCCCAAGCUUCCGCUUCCGCAGGUUACAACCCCCAAGACAUGUCAAAUAUCAUGACGCCGCUGCAGGCCACAAAAAGCACAACACAAACACGAUCCCUGAAUGGGCGGGAUUCCACCGCUUCAGACGAUGACGAUUUCGUCGACGCGCAAAGUUAAAGAAUGGAAAGAAAGGAGGCCGAUUUCUUCUUCCCCUCCCUAGAUCUGGCUUUGCGCUGCGCUUUUCUCAGCCUGAUUCCUCGCCCUAAUAUAUAUACAACUUUGCUUGAACCAUCUCAUUCACGGCGCCAACUUCUUCAUUAAUUAACUAAAAGCGUGUCCAUUGGCCUACACUACAACUGGCACAUCGCAAGUUUCAUGCGUGGAAACCCGGGCUAAACAUCACUGCCAGCCCAUUCGUCCCCUCCGAAAAUAUUCUUAACAAUACACCACCAACCGGCCGACCUAAUUUGUUUCUUGCGGAAAGAAAAAUAAAAUAAAAUUGAAGGGGGGAGACAAAAAAGAACCUAUAUGAGUCAGCGACGUUGGGGCUGGGACGAACGUCUGGAGUUUUAAUGGCCUGGCUUAACAUGUUUACAUUUCAUUUCCCUUCCUUCUUUUAAGAGAAGGAAGAAAAAAGGAAUCGAACGAAAAGUAAAAAAAAAAGCCAAAGAAAAACAACUCAGGGAUGAGAGGAGGAAUCGAACAUAUAUCCUCUAACUGUACUGGCCUCGCCUCCGAGCUCAACCACCACUACCACCCCUCCCCUACCAAACAUUGUUAUUCUUUGGUUUUUUUUUUUUCCUUUUCGCUUUCUUUCUUUCAUGAUGGAUGACGAUGACGAUUAUUGUUUAUUUGUUUACUGUUUAUCCUUACUCUUAUCAGCAUUGGCAUUGGCAUUGGGCACCGGUAUGUAUCGUCCAAAACAAAAUCAUGAACCCCCACUUUUUUUUCGAAUACCUAAGGAGGAAAAAAUCACCGUUUUCAUCAAUUAGGAGAUUUUAGGAACCUUCUCUUAUGUAUUGAGGAGGAUGUUUAUUCUCACGGCUUUUUAUAACCACUUUUCAACAAUUUGUGGUUGUUUUUCACCUCUACCUAGUUAGGUAUGGAUUUAAUUACUUUUUGCAUUAUUUUCAGUUGGUUAUCCAUAUGCAUAUAUUUAUAUAUAGAAUAUUAUUUUUAUCAUAAGAGAGAAUUGACGAUAGGAUAUGACUCGGCAUUGCCUAUUGGAAGUAAGUUAGGUGGUAGAAACUCAAGGGUAUUAUUACUUUACACUAUAGAGGAGCACUCUUUUAACAAGGAGGUAGAAAGAAAACAAUAAGCGAUCCGUCGAGAAACUCCAAGAAAAUAACUCCAUGCCAAAUCCAUCCAGCCACACUAUCCACAGCAGAUACAAAAAGAAAAUACUCUAAAUGUAGACAAUAAGAGACGAAGGGGGAAUAGGAAAGAAAAAAAAUAAAAAUAAAAAUACACCAACAAAAAUAACAGCCUAGAAAUCGCAAUCACAAGAAAAGAAAAGAGACAAAAAAAGGGAAAAAGAGGUCCGCGCCCAAGGGGAGACUCAAGCAUACAACUCCCCCGGUAUACCUAGCGCUCUCUCCAUAUCCCUCCUCCGACUCCACCUAUCCCCACUACUCCCCGCCCCAUCCCUAUCCUCCUGCUCCGCCUCCAUCAUCUCCUUCUCCUCCUCAAUCUCCCUCUCCACAUCCUCCCGCAAACCCAUAAUAUCCGGCGGGAUAUGGCUCAGCUGCACGCUCGGCGCGCCUUUGAUGUAGCGCAGCUGCUCCAGCACCGCCUGCGUCACCGACUCCAGGUACGCCUUCGAGUUCCGGUUCUCCAGCCGGCGCAUAUCCGACAGCGGCGGGAAGAGCGAGCAGUCCGGCUUGAAGUGGGUGCGGAAGGGCAGCGAGUCCGGCAGGCGCGGGUUGAUGUCCUGCGCGCCGUCGAUGCAGAUGGCCGUCUCGUACGCCCAGAGGCGCGACACGUUGCGCGGCGUAUACCCACCGCCGCCCACGACCAGCGUCGGCAGGCCGAAGCUCUUGGUGUAUGCGACGCAGGCGCCGUGGGCGCGGAUGUUCAGGUUGAAGCAGCCCAGCCGGUCACAGCCGAGGCUGUCGGCGCCGCAUUGGAGGACGAUCGCGCCGGGCUGGUAGGUGCGGAUGGCUGGGCCGAC